AAUCCACGUAAAUUCUAUUUUUGACCAUGAAUCCACGUACAGAAACCAACCUCUUAUCUCUUCCGCUUCCGCAGCACAAGAAUUAAAAGCGCUUGCGUAUCUCCUUUCUCUUAUCUUCUGGACCCUCAUCCUUUCUUUCUUCCUCUUCCUCAUACCACGCCAAACUAAUCAGCCAUGCCUUCUCAUCAACCAUCCGAUUAUUUUCAAACCCUUUUAUCCUCUGCUCGCCCUUUCCUUCGUGGAGAGCUCCAAUCUAUUGACCCCAACUUGCCUUCCUUAGUUUCUGUCUUGCGUUCUGUCGGUGCUGGAGAGUGUUGGCAUAAACAUGGCAGCUUCCUUGAUCACCUACUCGACAUCUAUCGCAUCCUCAAGAUCUGGAACGCCCCUGACUCUGUUUGUCUUUGUGGCCUCUUCCAUUCUGCUUAUUCCAAUUCUUAUGUCAAUCUUGCUAUCUUUGAUCCCAGCACCGGUCGCGACCUCGUCCGCAGCCUCGUUGGUGAAGCUGCUGAGGAAUUGAUUCACUUGUUUUGCAUCGUUCCACGCCAACCCUUGAUCCACGACGAUCUCUUGUUCAAGUAUUCUGAUACAGAACUCGUCCAACACCUUAAACUCUCUGAGAUUUCGCUGAAAAAUGCCAAGGACAAAGGUCUGUUCAAUAGGGAUGAAUCCUGGAGGAAGCAACUCAAUUCUAUUUUGCCUGCUGGAGGCAUCAACGUCAAGCAUAUAAAGACAGGAGAGGACGUUCUGGUGACGAGAAGAGUGGUGGCUAUUUUUCUCAUGAUGACCAUGGCUGACUUUAGUGACCAACUCUUUGGUUUUCAAGAUGUUCUAUUUAACAACUUGGAUGGGCGGCUCCAGUUUUCGGGGAAUAACUUUGCUGCUUUGUGGCCUGGAGAUGGCAAACCAGGGCUAUGGAUGAAUUCAAUAUCUCGAAUGGGUGCACUUUAUACUUUGAUCCAGAGAGAGGAAGAGAUUUUUAUACAAGAGAGGAAAAGGGCCGGUGGAGUUGGGGUUGAUAGAGGCAGAGAUGAGGAUAUUGAACUAGUGGUGCCACCGGUGUUUGAUGCGUGCACUAAGAUUUUAGACGCGAAAGAGCAGAUAAUGUCAAGGGACUUGUAUUGGGAAGCUGUUUGUGAUAUGCCUAAGAUAGGGAUAGAGAAAGCUGAAGAGUUGCUGCUGAGGUGUGUUGAGAAUAACCCUUUUGUUGGGGAGCCAAGGGUGGUAUUGGGUCAGGUUUAUUUAACCAAAGGGAGAUUUGAGGAGGCUGAGAAGGAGGUAAUGAGAGGGCUAACACUGAUGUUGGAGUGGGGAAGUCCUUGGGACAAGAGGAUGUCUUGGGAAGGAUGGAUUGCUUGGGCUAGAGUUUUGUGGAUGAAAGCUAAGGAAAAAUCCUGGCCACAAACAUCAUGGGGUGUCCUUAAUCUUGGGCUGGUGAAGUAAGUGAAUUAAUUGGGGAGAAUAUUAGGACUUCUGGACACACUCACAAGACCUCCAUAAAUUUUGAAAGUUAAAUUUUAUGUUUGUGGGGUGAAAGUUAAUGUCUUAGUGAACUUUGUUUACAAUAAUACAAGUAAUAGGAAUAAAAUGCAGCUUCCUAUAUGCUACAGUUGCUGGGUGCAAGGCGUAACCGGUUCGUGCUUUUAUGUGAUAUCUUGUUAAUAGUUAUGAUAGAUUCCUGCUAAGUUUAAGUUGUUGUUUCUUGUUGUUCCCUGUAAAAUGUAUUCUAAUUUCUGAGUAAGAGGAAGAUGCUGGUUUGUUUUGUGUGA